GCCCGACGUUUUAAGAUAUCCAUCGAAAAGCCGGAGCCAUCGCAUUAUGCUUUAGAGAUUUUUUCGAACAAUAUAGUAAGUAUACGACUUGCUUUUGCAGUGUGACUAACGUGUAUCUCUUUUGACUUUCUGCUCUUUUUGACUUUGACAAUACAUCAGCUUUUCUAUCUCAACCAAAAAAAAUGUUGGCACUACGCUGUAUCGUGUUUCUACUGACAAGUAACUACAUCCAAGCUAGUGAUCGCGACACCGGCGGGAAGACCAAGGGGAGCAAAGCAGUCACGAAAACAGUAUCGCCGAGAGGCGGGAGGAAAAUAGUCAAGAAGGCCUCGAGAAGCCCUCUGAGACGCGCGAUUGCGGCGAAUCGUGCGGGAAGCCGCUUCGCCGACUGCGUGGAAGCCUGCGGCGCGACACUGCAGAGCGACUAUUUGGGUUCAAAUGCGCCUACUUUCCUGCACACCCUGCGGCAAACUAGCCACCAUGUGAAAACUGUGGUCGACACGGAGCUCGGAUUUGAGUCGUGUUUCUGGGAGGCGCUGCGCAUGCACGUCCGAUUCUACCAAACGAAAAAAGUUAAGGAGCAAGCCCGGUCCUUCACAAAUCAACCUCCCGCAGCCGCACCGGGGCAUGCGGGGGAAUCGCCGGAUUUCAAAAUCACUCACGCCGGGUGGGUCGAUUUGCCGGGCAUGAUGCGGGAUGAUUUUGGCGACUUUAAUAUUCCGGCGUUCGCUGAUGACGCAGAUGACACACAGCUCUUGGAAGAAACGACAGAACCGGCUAGAAAACAACAAGAGCAACGCCUGCAAGCGAUAUUCCAUCGAUAUCUUGAGGGAACAAGAUGUGUUGGGCCAGCAGAACUGCAUGUUUUAGAGCCAACAACAAGAGAAGAAGAACGGCGGAGGCUUGAGGCGCGCGUCGACCACAAGUUGCGAAGCGUCGCCUCUCCUAACGACACCGAUGCUUUCGUUGGCGUGCUUGCGCGCCGUCUCCUGGCACAGAAGUUCGGCAGCGUGACUGCCGCAAGGCAGCUCCUACUGCAUGCGCAGACGGGUCAGAUUACAGCACCUCCCGCGAAGGAGCCCGCCGCAUCUUCUGGCGGCGUCGGUCCUACAAGAGGUAGUGGCUACCUGCACCUAUUCGCUUUGCGGGAAGCCGCUAACGCGUUGAUCCACCUCGAAGACGAGGAAAGUAGAACUCCAGAAUCACCAGUAGGCGAAGCGCGCCGCACCCUGGAGGCGUUUUGGUUCCCGGUAGAAACAAGAAAAGAUCAAAAUGCACCGUCGUCGUUUUGGGAUUUGUGCCAGUCGGGGACAAAAUAUCGCAACUACCUGAUGGACGCUGCGACCAAACUUGAUCCCGCUUUUCCGAUUCACGGAAGAUUAGCAAAGUACGACUACUGUCAUCAGUUGGUGUUGCGGGAGCUCGGCCGCAUCGGCGCCCGGAACGCGAAACUCCUGCCGCAGGUGCGACGGACCUUGCUGACCAUCGGCAACAUUCAAAACUACACUUCUAACAAGCAUGACGAUGAUUCCGAGAACCCGCAAAUAGACACCACUACUCUUGUCGACUGUUAUGUGCAGUUAUCGGGAAUAAAUUUCAGUCUGGCCCUGCAGUGGCGGGUAACGGUUUUCGCGCUUGGGCAGCUGGCGCAGAGCGGGGCUGAAGACGCGUUUCAGGCCCUGAGUGACAUAUUAGUGCGCAGCGAGGGCGACGAGAACCUGCUGCAAGUAUUUGUAAGUCCGGGCUCUGUGGCCUUGUCAGAGAUCGGAAAGGUGGCCUUGUUUGCGGAGCGAUAUCCGCAUUUGAGACUCGAGGCAAUUUCUUUUCUGUCGGAUCAGGGGUCAAUUAUUUGGCAGGAGGAACCGGAUGUUGAGCUACCUGCUCAAGUGGCGCCUAAUGUUGCAGAUCAACAGCCCGACGCGAACCAUCUUUUCUACACCGGGUCGCCCGACCUGGACGCUGACUACGAUCCGGCGUUCCGGUUCGCGCAGCCACCGCUGCGGGCGACGCGCUUGGAGAUCGGGGAGAAGUGGCUGGCGAUCGCGCAUCAUGCGCGGUUACGGGAAGGAGCAGAGGCGACCGCGCUGCUCGCGGAGCUGGCGCGUCAUGGCUGGAACAUAAUGACGGGGGAGAUACUGCAGUUCAACUGGGUCAACCACCCGUUCCUCGAUCCGGUCGUAAGUCUUGUCGACUUAGCGGAGAACGUGCUCUGUCGUGCUGGUCCAGGUUCUUCCCCGAAAGGGACGGGGACACCGCGGAUGAACAAGCUGCGAUUCCUCGGCGAGAAAGCCUUUGAUGUGAUCUCGUUUUUGGAGAAGGGGGUUCUUCGAGCGGUGACCAAUCGCGUCGAUUCCAGAUCGUGGCCGGACACGGACAGCCAUGAGGUAAUGUUUCAGAAGACACUGGAGAAACUGCCGGAUCUGGCCGGACCCAACUGCCUGGAGCGUGCGGAUCCUGUGCUGGAGAUUUUGAGCGGGAGUAUUCAACAGCAGCAAGCACACAUCGCACCGACCGUGGCGCGGUACUUUGACCUAGACAACCACCGUCUGAACGCCAUCGAGACGCUCGCGCCGCAUGUGAAAUCCGAGGAGUCGAGGAUGGGUCUGAUGAAAUUCCUAUUGACAGGGGUGGCAAUGAUGCGUCCGGUCGACGGCACAUCGUGGGUAAGGGCGAAGCGGCUACUAUUGGAGCUUGUCUUCAGUGCGGAGGCCGAUGGAGUGGAACGGAUUUCCGCGGCCGGGGCGGCGGAGGGCCACAAUGUUCGACCACAUCGGAGCUUCGCAGACCGUUUCAGGGCCGACUUAGUUGCGCAUCCGAAGAUUACAACGCCGUCUCUGCGUAUUUAUGUCGAAGAGCUCGACAAUUUUAUUCGGGCUUUGGAGUCGGGGGAUUUCGCGCCGCUUAUGGAAGACGUGAGUUCGGCUGAACUUUUUGCUUGGGAUGUGAUUCGUCAGGACCGCAACCGAUUGAUUUCCUGGGCAAGGGAGACAAGACAAACCCUGCGAAGCAGAUAUGAAGAGCGGGUACGCAUGACGAGUCGUCAGCUGGGUAAUGGAAUUGCUGCCGAGGUUGUUUCUUGA